CUGUGAGACCUGCUGUGGUUCCCAUGUGCUCUGCAGCUUCCUGGCUGCAGACCAUGGGUCCCUGGCUGCCUGCCCUGCUCUGCCUGGGGCUGUACCUGAGCCAGGAGACCCGGGCACAGAACGAAACCUUUCCCAGGCCCCAGAUCAUUUUCGAGAGUGGCUCUGUGGUCAUGGUGGACAUGCCUGUGUUCAUCCGCUGCCGGGGGCCCAAGGAGGCCCAGAUGUUCAUGCUGCAGAAGAUGGAGGACAAGGACUUUAUGGAGAGCGAGCACCCCAUCUGGAACGAGGCCCUCUUCAUCUUCUCCCACAUGAAGGAGACCAUGGCCGGCCACUACAGCUGCUUCUAUCAGUCUGCCUCCGGCAUCUCCCCGCUCAGCGAGAGCAUGAAGCUGGCGGUGGCCGGCGUGAUCCCCAAACCCCACCUCGUGGCCAACCCCGGCCCCCAGGUGGCCAUGGGCAAGGCUCUGUCCUUUAAGUGCUGGUCGGACCAAAAGCUGGACCGGCUGAUCGUGUAUCAGGACCAAGGGCUGGUCCCGCUCAUGUACCGGCUCGCCCCCGAGUCCGAGAUCGAGCUCUUCUUCCCCAAGGCCAGUGCCAAACACCAGGGCACCUACUCCUGCAUCGGCUUUGUCAGCGACGAGCCCCUCAGGUGGUCGAUGCCCAGCGACCCCCUGGUGCUCACAGUCUCCCGCUCUCCGAGUCUCACUGCGAGGAUCAUGGGCCUGGUGCUCCCGCUGGCUCUGGGCACGUUGCUGCGCUGAGCACGGACCGGACGGACGGGGCGCGGAGAAGGAGGCCGAGAUCCCGGCCAGGGCAUCCUAACCCCCGGUGCAAGCACAGGCAAUAAACGCCAGGUCAAUGUCA